UUGCGCCGCAACACCGGCACACCAAGCAGGAUGCUAACAGUGCAAAGUUUAAUAUUGCUUUUCUUGGCAAUCGUCAUAGGACCGCAGCAAACCUGGCAGCUCUCACAACCAACCGAUCCCACCUAUCAAGCUGGCGUCGUCGAAUAUAUGCCCGGUGUGGGCAAAGGCAAAUCUAAGGUCCAUGAAAGCCUCAAGCGUAUGAAAGCGGUCAUCGAAUCGGAUGGUACACGCGACUUGGAUAUACUAGUCUUUCCCGAGUUCGUGCUGAAUGACGGCACGUUCCGCACAUUUGUGCCUGAUCCGCAGCUUGGUAUUUCGCCUUGUGAAAUACCCAAUUAUGAUCACUUUCUAACGGAACUGUCAUGCGCCGCACGUUCGCGUCAACUAUAUUUGGUGGUCAAUUUGAUAGAGAAAGUUUUUUGUGGAAACGAUACCACAACGGUUGGACGUUGUGAUGCCAGCGGUUUAAACAGUUACAAUACCAAUGUGGUGUUUGAUCGGCAAGGACGUGUCAUAUCACGCUAUCGCAAGACACACCUCUACCGUUACGAAUGGUACAAUAUGAAAGUAUUGCCACAACCGGAACAUGCUACUUUCACCACAGAUUUCGGCGUGACUUUUGGCCACUUUAUAUGCUUCGAUAUGCUCUAUUGGGACCCAGCCGCAGUAUUGGUAAAGGAGCAAGGCAUAACAGAUAUUAUCUAUACAACUUAUUGGUUCAGUGAGCUGCCCUUCCUCACAGCCGUGCAAUUGCAAGAAGGUUGGGCGUUCGCUAACGAUGUCAACUUACUUGCAGCUGAUGCCAGCAAGCCCAGUGGACAAAAUACCGGUUCGGGUAUUUAUGCUGGACGCUUGGGUCGCCUAGUUGCGGCCAUUUAUGAAGAACCCACCACACAACUGCUCACUGCCAGCGUACCUAAGCGCGCCUAUCGUCAAAACUAUCAAGCGCCACCGGUUAUACAGCCCAACUUUGUGCCGGAAGUCGUCACAAUGCGUUUCACCAAACUCGACCUGCUCCGCGACUACAAUGUGGACAUCUUUAAGACUCAGUUGCUGCCCGCCGACUUCACCACAGUGAACGAAACUUUAUGCUACGAUGGUCAGUUCUGCUGUCAUUUUCAGGCCGCACGCGUCAUUGUGAGUAACGCGAAUACUUACGCGGCUUACCGCUAUCGACUCGCAGUAUACAGCGGCUCGCGCGCUACACAUCAAAGGGUCGAUCCGGCGGCUUUAAAGGUGUGCGCUGUAAUCGCCUGCACCAAUGCGGAUUUGUACAGCUGUGGUCGCAUCUUCCCAGCCGGUGUCACAGUUGGCAAUAAAUACUACUUUAGCGCUUUGAAUGUAAGCGCUUCUUUCCCGCAUGCGCCGCGACGUCUCAUUAUGCCAUCUAGUGUGGAUGGCAGCAUCAUGCCACUGCCGGUGCACACUUAUGAGUGGCAGGAGUUUGAGAGCAACAACACUACGGCGAUCUCCAUAAGUUUGACUUAUCCGAAAUUGGAUAUACUGACCUUCGGCAUUUGGGGUAACUACUAUUCGACCGAGGUGAGCACGCAUAACUUCGAUCCCGUGUGGCAGCCUGCGCAUGGUCCUCAUUCUGGCGCUUCACAGCUUCUUGGAGCCAAGCUUUUAACCGUCUCCUUGUUGUUGGCUUUUAUGAAGUUUUUCUAGGUUAAGCGUUUUACAUAUUGUUCACUUAAAGACUGUGCCAAUCUUUAGUUGGUUUUAAAGAACUGACGGCAAAAGAUGGACCGCUAGUUCAUGUCGCACUGAUGAGUUAAUAAAAAAAAUUAAUUCUCUAUAUACAGGUUAA